CGGUUUAAGAUUCCCUCGUUUUAUUAACACUUUUUUCCUUCGUAUAAAUACCUCUUUCCCACUUCUUUUUUCACCCGUAUUUAAAAAUAAAAUCAAAAUUCAUUUUCCGAUGGUACAAUCCCUAACCCUAAUUUCCCCAAUUUACUUCCCCUUUCCCCGCGAAAAAUCCUCCACCGCCGCGGCGGCCGUCACGGUGGUCCGAUCUAACCGCCGUGCACCGUACACCGGAAUAUGUGCAGCUGCCGUAGCGGAGGUUCCGAUUAAGACGGAGAGGAGAUCGGUGAGUUUAUACGACGUGUUGCGAGUUAAAAGAGAUGCAUCAGCUAAAGAGAUUAAAGCUGCGUACCGGCAUUUAGCGAAAUUGUAUCAUCCUGAUUCUGCUGCUGCUACUUUGCCGGAGGAAGUUUCCGAUGGCCGGAAUUUCAUUGAGAUUCAUGAUGCUUAUGUUACGCUUUCUGAUCCUUCAGCUAGAGCUUUGUAUGAUCUUAAGUUAACCGUAGGUUCCCGACGGCGAGGUGUUUCUCGGACCGGGUCCGGGUUUUACCCGACCCGGAGAUGGGAAACGGAUCAAUGCUGGUGAUAUUGGGGCCCACUUUUCUCCGCUUUUACGCUGUAAUUUUUUGUUAAGUGGAAUUUAGAUGGAGAUUUGUAGCUUAGUGUAUAUACUGAAUUUUAUUUUUUUUGGUUCAGCUUGUAGUUGAGCUAAUUUGCAAAUAUGAAAAGGAAAAAAAAAAAAAAGAGAAAUGAAAAAAUUUUUCUUUGACGAACAAA